AAAAAAUAAAAGAUUGGACUAGAAUGCUUUUUAACUUUUGUAGUGGAUACGGCCCCAUCUUUUAAACAUUUUCUGUGUAAGAUUAACAAAAAAUAAAAAUAAAAAUAAACAGAAAAAAGUAAAGUAAAGAAAAACCGAAACAAUACUGUGAAGUAUUUUUAUAUCUAUCAUUACCAAAGCAUUAUUUGGAUUGAUAACGUCUGUUUUUGUAUCUACCGUUACGAAAGCAUUAUUUCAAAUGAUAACGUCUGCUUUUGUCUCGUGUUAAAGAAGCAAUGGCGGAGAGUGUUGCUGGAUUCUUGCUUGAAAAGCUAAGUGCCCUUCUGACUCAAGAAGCAUCCCUACUAUGGGGAGUACGGACUGAAGUAAAAGAAAUCAACCUCGAACUUGAAAACAUGCGAGCCUUCUUAAGGGAUGCUGAUAGAAGAAAGGAUAGCAAUGAAGGAUUGAGAACCUGGGUGGGGCAAGUAAGAGAUGCUACAUAUGAAGUGGAGGACAUCAUCGAUGAGUUCGUGUAUCGCAUGGACAGGCCACAACGAGGUGGAUUCAGGGGUUUUCCCCUUAAUACCAUCACUCUCCUUAGGAAUACCCGCUACAGGCACCGUUUUGCCACUGAACUGCAAGAUCUGAAGAGACGUAUUGCAGCCAUUUCAAUGAGAAAAGAUCAAUAUAAUCUUAUUAAUACAGAAGAUGGAUCAAGCUCACAGGAUGCUAAUGAAAGAUGGAAACAUCGAGGAGAAACUGCUCUUUAUGAAGACGAUGAUGAAAUUGUAGGGCUCCAAGAAAGAAUAGAUCAAAUAGUUUUAUGGUUGACAGAGAAAGAACCAAGACUUACUGUUAUUUCUGUGGUGGGCAUGGGUGGUCUGGGCAAGACCACUCUUGUGGCGAAAGCUUGCAAGCAUCACAUGGUAAAGAAGCAUUUCGAAUGCUGUGUUUGGGUUACUGUCUCACAGUUUUACAAUGUGGAAGGACUUCUAAAAAGUGUGAUAACUGAUCUGUUCAAGAAAAACAAACUUGAGGUUCCGAGCAAUGUUGGCAGCAUGGAUCGACACCAACUAGUGGAGAUGGUGCGUGAUUCUUUGGACACAAAGAGGUACCUUGUGGUCUUAGACGACGUAUGGAAUGUAGGUGCAUGGACAGAUCUUAAUAUUGCCUUUCCACGAAAUAGAUGUGGAAGUAGGAUAAUGCUUACUACUCGAAAUCAGAAUGUAGCCUCUGCAUUAGGGGAUGGAAACCGUCCAUUUCCACUCGAGCGUCUUCAAGAGAAAGAGGCUUGGGUACUCUUCAGUAAGAAGGCGUUUUGGAAGGAACCCUGUCCUCCAGAGUUGCAGCAUUUGGCACAAAAAAUUGUAGAAAAGUGUGGAGGCUUGCCACUCGCAAUUGUUUCUUUGGGCAGCCUCUUAUCAUGGAAAGACAAGACAGCGUUGGAGUGGAAUCGAGUCUACGGAAACCUGAGCUGGCAGUUGACAAAUGAUCAAAUGCUUGAAAGAGUAAAGCACAUCUUGUUGCUUAGCUUCUAUGAUCUACCUUACCAUCUUAAGCAUUGUUUCUUGUAUUGUUGCAUGUUUCCGGAAGAUUAUUUAAUUCAUCGCAAGCAGCUGAUUAGGUUGUGGGUGGCAGAGGGUUUUGUGAAGACAGGUAAAAUUACAAUGGAGGAGGCGGCAGAAGGCUACCUGAAGGAGCUCAUCCAUCGAAACAUACUUCAGGUUGUUGAAACGAAUGGUUUUGGAAGGUUGAGAGCUUGUCGAAUGCACGAUAUUAUGCGUGAAGUGGCAUUAUCCAUAAGUGACGAAGAAAAGUUCUGCAUGACAUACGAUGAGCUGCAAGCAAUGCAAAAUGGCAAAGUCCGCCGCAUGUCAAUCUACAGUAGUGGCGAAAUUAAUCAUUCGAACACAGGUAUGACACAUCUUCGUUCCCUCAUGGUGUUUGAUGGAAACAUGUCGUUUUCAUCUUCUUUAAAUACGAUGGCAUCAAGCUUUAGAUUGCUGAGGGUCUUAAAUCUAAGAGGGAUUCUUAUUGAAAGCAUACCAGAUGAAGUGACUAACAUGUUCAAUUUACGGUAUCUAAACUUAAGUGAAACUAAUGUUAGGGAGCUUCCCGUAUCUUUAUGGAAGCUACAGAACCUUCAAACACUGGACGUCAGGAAUACGAAGCUAGAGAGGCUACCCAGUGGGAUUGUGAAGCUACAGAAACUACGACACCUGUAUAUAUAUCGAAUUACUGACAAGUUCUAUGAUGAUUUUGAUUGCUUCAGUAGCAUCCAAGUUCCUAUAACAAUAUGUAAUUUAACAAGUUUACAGACUCUACGCGUUAUCGAAAACGUAGAAGGGGAGCUUGUUAGAAAAGUUGGGAACUUAACCCAACUGAGAAGUCUCAGCAUUUCUAAGGUCAGAGAAAUCGAUGGAGCUGAGUUGUGCAAUUCAAUCCGAAAGAUGAAACACCUUCUGAAGUUGAGUGUGACUGCAAAUGCAGAGGAAGAAACACUUCAAUUGGAAGCACUCUCUCCUAACCCUCCCCCGCUUCUUCAGAAGCUUUCCCUGAACGGGCGUUUGGAGAAGGUGCCUCGAUGGCUUAGCUCCCUUGUGAACCUCGCCCAUUUGUCGUUGACUUGGUCAAAGCUGAGAGAAGAUCCUCUUCCAUCACUCCAAGCAUUGCCCAAUCUGAUAUCCCUUUUCCUUCGGAGGGCCUAUGAAGGGCAGCAGUUGUGUUUCCGCGAUGGAUCGUUUACAAAGCUAAGUAUACUUUCUUUACGGGAUAUCAAACACUUAAAUCAGAUAGUAAUAGAAAAGGGAGCAUUGGCAAGCAUCCAAGAGCUACUUCUUAUCAACUGUGGAGAGUUGAAGACUCUUCCAGAAGGGAUUGAAUACCUCACUGGACUCCAAGAGCUAGCCUUAUUGGAGAUGCCAACGGAAUUGACAGAUAGGUUGACACAAAAAGAUGGAAGCGAAGAGUACCGUAGCAAGGUGGGGCACAUCCCCAUCAUCCUGCAUGGACAACGUACAGAAGCGGAGGGAUUGGUCAUGGAACCACUCAACUAGUCAUCUAUCCUUCAUUCGUUGAUGAGAUCUAUUGCAGUGUGUCUCUAGUCAGAGUUUUGAGGAGAUUAGCAAGGUGUUGAACAUGAAAAGAGUAAAAUGCAUAGCCGAAUGUCAUGACUCCAUCAAGGAUGUAGAGCUGAAGGGCGUGUAGUGACCUCACCAAGGAAUCGAUGUAGAGCUAAAGGGUAGCAUUUGUCUUGAGUGAGAGGCUUCAGAGGCUAUUGAUGUCGAUUGGGUAUAUUUUUAGCAUGGAAUUUCUAGGACAAGAGUCUGUUUCUAUAUAUGAUAAGUGUGUUUGUCUAUACAUCAACGUAGCUGGAAAUGGGUUUUAUAUAUGACUAUGGGAUUUGCUUAAUAUGGUUGUUAUUUGGACAUGGCUAUGGGUAUUGCUAAACAUAGGGUUUUUAUUUUUAUCGGCAUGGUUGAAAAGUUGGCUUUUGACAUGUACAAUGUUGCAUAUGUGUAUUUGGACAUGGCUGCUUUUACAUUAUAUGUGGUUUUACUUUUCAAACAUAUUUACUGUAUUAUAUGUGCAAAUAGCUUUGGGACGA